UUGGCUUUACUGAGGUCUGUUUUGUCCCAUCCUAGUGUUGAAGAAUGUCGCAACAUAAUCAUGCAGUUUGGAGUUCGGGAGGUGACAGCUGCCCAGGUUGCCAGGGUUCUGGGGAUGAUGGCUCGGACUCAUUCGGGGCUGACGGAUGGUAUUCCAUUACAAUCUAUUUCGGCUCCUGGCAGUGGGAUUUGGAGUGAUGGGAAAGAUAAAAGCGAUGGAGCACAAGCCCAUACCUGGAAUGUGGAGGUCUUAAUUGAUGUUCUUAAGGAGCUGAAUCCUAGCCUGGACUUCAAAGUAGUAACCUAUGAAUUGGACCACCCAGGAUUUCAGAUCCGUGACAGCAAAGGCCUGCAUAUUGUGGUGUUUGGCAUCCAGAGAGGGCUGGGCAUGGAAGUUUUUCCAGUUAAUGCCAUAUACAGACCUUGGAAGCAUGCAGAAGGCCAGCUCUCCUUCAUUCAACAUUCCCUCAUAAACCCGGACAUCUUUUGUUUUGCUGACUACCCUUGUCACACUGUUACCACAGACAUCCUGAAAGCACCACCAGAGGAUGACAAUCGAGAAAUUGCUACAUGGAAGAGCCUGGAUCUGAUCGAAUCUCUGUUACGGUUGGCAGAAGUGGGACAGUAUGAGCAGGUUAAGCAGCUCUUCAGUUUUCCCAUCAAGCAUUGCCCAGAUAUGUUGGUAUUGGCCUUACUGCAGAUCAACACUUCCUGGCAUACCUUGCGCCACGAACUCAUCUCCACGCUCAUGCCAAUCUUCCUUGGCAACCAUCCCAACUCUGCCAUCAUUUUGCACUAUGCAUGGCAUGGGCAGGGUCAGUCUCCUUCGAUUCGCCAGCUUAUCAUGCAUGCAAUGGCAGAAUGGUACAUGAGAGGGGAGCAGUAUGACCAGGCCAAAUUGUCACGUAUUCUUGAUGUGGCACAAGACUUGAAGGCCUUGUCAAUGCUGCUAAAUGGUACUCCAUUUGCCUUUGUUAUUGACCUUGCUGCACUUGCCUCUCGACGAGAAUACCUCAAACUUGACAAAUGGCUCACAGACAAAAUUCGGGAGCAUGGGGAGCCCUUCAUCCAAGCCUGCAUGACCUUCUUAAAGAGAAGAUGUCCAUCCAUCCUAGGUGGUCUGGCUCCUGAAAAAGAUCAACCCAAAAGUGCUCAGCUUCCUCCAGAAACCUUGGCAACUAUGUUGGCAUGCCUGCAGGCUUGUGCUGGGAGUGUUUCUCAGGAGCUGUCAGAGACCAUCCUCACCAUGGUAGCCAACUGCAGUAAUGUCAUGAAUAAGGCCAGGCAGCCACCACCUGGAGUCAUGCCCAAAGGCCGCCCACCCAGUGCGAGCAGCUUGGAUGCCAUCUCUCCUGUGCAGAUCGACUCGCUUGCAGGAAUGGCAUCUCUGAGCUUAGGUGGCUCAGCUGCUCCUCACACCCAGAGCAUGCAAGGCUUCCCUCCAAACUUGGGCUCUGCAUUCAGUACUCCUCAGUCACCAGCAAAAGCAUUUCCCCCUCUUUCCACCCAAAACCAGACAACAGGUUUCAGUGGCAUUGGAGGACUCUCUUCACAGCUUCCAGUAGGAGGUCUUACUACGGGUAGCCUGACUGGCAUAGGAACUGGAGCCCUGGGCCUUCCUGCAGUGAACAAUGACCCAUUCGUGCAAAGGAAGCUGAGCACAUCUGGACUGAGCCAGCCUACGUUCCAGCAGAGUAAGAUGAAACCUUGUAAGUGGUAGUGUUGUCUGUGACUGUGAAGUGUGACUGUGGUUAAUCUGCAUUUCCUUCAGGGGGUGGCUUUGUUCUGGAGGUGAUAAGUAAUAGAAAUGUGGCUCUUGUAAUGCACUCUUAGUCUGAAAAAGGUGCUUCUCAACUUCUAUGCUAGCAGCUUGCCAAGUAACUGGAGGUGGGAUUGAAAGAAAAAAAAUUGUAAUACAACACAUUAAGAAAUUGCAUGAACAGCAUGCUUCUGUCCUUCUUUUCUAAUUGUGCUAUGUUUUGAACAGAAGUCUUAUCCUACUCUUUAGUGAGUUGUUUGUGUUGUAAAAGGGUGGGAUGUUGGUUUUGGUUUGUAAGGUGGCUAAUCAUAGCUAGCUGAGUCCUGCCGCAGCACAGCAGUGAAGCAGCCUGCAGCGUUGGAAAAGAAACACAACUAACAUGAGUUGGUGGGAAGGUGCUGGGUUCUUUUUUUCCUCAAGAGAAUGAUUUGGUCCUCAAAAUGGAGCCAUAAUUAUUAGCUCCUUUAUAACUCUAAAUAUGCUCACAUGUUUAAGCAAACAAACAUUGCUCUUAGGAAGCUUGCCCAUAUGCUAAAUUUUCCACCAACUGUUGUUGUGUAUGUGUAA